CACGGGAGCAACGGCUAUAGUGUUAACUGUGCUUUGCUAAGUGACAUGACAACCGGAUACGUUUGAGAGCUGUAACAAGUUGCUUGUGUAGCUAAUGUUACAUGUCGGGUUACCAGCGGAAUUAAUAAACUCAGAUGGGUCAGGCACUGUGGAGGCUGCCUCCCAGACAACAGCGGCAGCUUCAGGAAGAGCUUGCAGACCGACUAGCUGACCGAGGAGACGGAGGAGGAAGACAUGUGCUAGGGACAGAUGGAGGUCCCCAGAGAAGAGAUCCUCAGCCGUGUUACGGCCCUGACAUCUAUCAUCUGCUGAGGACGCGCAUCGGAGGAAAGGAACAGAAUGGCUUUAUAGAUUUGGAGAUGUUGCCACCUGAAUUAGGCAUCACCAUCCUGUCGUACCUGAAUGCUACUGACCUGUGCCUGGCUGGCUGUGUGUGGCAGGAUCUGGGAAGCGACGAGUAUCUAUGGCAGGGGCUGUGUAAGUCCACAUGGGGACACUGCUCCAUCUACAACCGGAGACUACCUGCAGGUUUCUCAUAUAGAAGACUCUACUUACAGCUAGAUGAAGGCUGCCUGUCAUUCAAUGCUAACGCCCAGGAGGGCAUCAGUUAUUUCAUGUCUAAAGGUAUCCUAGUGGAUCAUCCGACAGAGCUGGCCAAGUUCAUCUUUUACACCACACGCCUCCACUGGAAGACGCUGAGGAUUUACCUGGAUGAGAGACGGGAUGUCCUGGAUGAGUUGGUGACCCUCCACAACUUCAGCAACCAGUUCCUCCCCAACGCUCUGCGGGACUUCUUCAGACACAUCCACGCCCCCGAGGAGAGAGGAGAGUAUCUGGAGACCCUCAUCACAAAGUUCAGCCACAGGUUUUGUACCUGUAACCCAGGCCUCGUCCGAGAGCUGGGCCUCAGUCCUGAUGCGGUGUAUGUGCUGUGCUACAGUCUGAUCCUGCUGUCCAUCGACUUGACCAGCCCCCACGUCAAAAACAAAAUGUCCAAGAGGGAGUUUAUCAGGAACACUCGCCGAGCAGCACACAACGUCUCGGAUGACUUUGUCGGCCACCUCUAUGACAACAUUUACCUGAUUGGCCAUGUGGCUGCAUAGCUCCACCCACACGGGGGCCCAGGGAUGCUCACUGCACUGAAGAAUAAGGACCGUUGGAAGGGUUUCUAACUUGAAAGUAUCCAACACUGUGGAAGUGGAUUUUAACUAUUUUUUUGACGACUACUUUAUCGUCCAAGAAGGGCUAGAAAAACAAAUGGAAGUCACCACUGCACUGUGAUAAAAGUUAUUCGAUCUUAUCUGAAACGUCUUUCAAACCGUAUCACUGCAAAGGAGUAUUUUUAAGUGGAACCAUGGGGACGAGGUCUCACUCUGCACUGACGACUGGCGACUACUGAUUGGUGGAGGAGGAGGAGGAAGAGGGGCAUAGCCUCCAUAGCAUAUUCGGUCCUGCUGUUUUCCUAUUGGAUAGCAGAUUCCUGCUUAACUAGUGAGACAAGUGACGGCAGGACACCAAUCACACCCACUAAGAUGUCGAGUAGCAUUCCCCAGUGGAAGUAACAUCGUAACUAUUCUGUGCCCUUGAUGCGUUGUCCUGUGGUAACAAGCGGAAGGUCAAAUCUGUCUUUCUGUGGCUAGUACCUAAUGUGUUUGUUUAUUCUUACCAUCUUUUCCAUCUUAUGAGUGAAAUGAACAAGAAAACCACACUUUCAUGAAAAACGAUGUCGCUAAUAAUUAAUCGCUCCCUUUCCUUGUGGUGUUUGUGUGUAUGUCUUCCGAUCUUCCCAACUGCACAAAGACUUCAAACGUUGGACUUUAUCGUCCUCAGUGUGAAUGUUUCUCCGCUGCACUACACACGGUGUAGACAAUACUACGUAGAACAGCUACACAGUAGCAGCACACACGCCGGCGUAUUGCGUGACCGCAGGGACUGGACUCAACCCACAGCGUGUGUGCGUGUGCGCGCGUGUGCGUGUGUGUGUGGGUGUGUGCGCACGCACGCGCGUCCUUUUGAGGGGCCAGCACAACUCGUGCUUAUUGUUGAGGCAAUAAGGGCUGCUGACCGAUGACCUUGGCACUGAUGUUGAUUCUGUGUGUGAGUAUGUUGUAUAUCAUUAUUUUGGUUCUUUACACCUCAAACGUAACGAAUUUAUAAAAGAGAAUUCCAAGUAUGAUACGUGUGAAAUUGUUGAACAUACAUGUAAAUCCUAAAAACAUUCAAAUCAAUUUCAUAAUAAAUCUGAUUGUCACACAUAUAUGUAAAAGCAAAGGGAGAGCACAUGUAGUAUUUUCCGUUUUUAGAUAAUAAUGUAAAAUUUUAUCCAGAUUAUGAUUCAAAUUGAAUUCAUUAAAGCGGUUAUGCACAUAUUACAUAAGGGAAGUUUGUAAUCCCAGUGCUUUGUGAGAAUGGUAGAUACUGAAGUACAGGGAAAGUCCGGCAUCAUAAAAGAAAUUGUUGGUCUAGUGAGGAGAAAGACGAUGUUGAUGUAAAUGCUUCUGACUCGGGUAAUACCACGGGCAGUGCAGUAAAUUGUAUAAGAGUUCAUGAAGUUCUUCUGUUUUCCCAAUAGUCCUGCUGGGCUUUCAUUCAAUUCAUUUGUACAAUUAGCAUAUUCAUCUCCCAAAUUACUACAGCCUCCUAUUAGGAAUCACAGCAAUACAGCUGUUGCUGCCAUGACAUAAUGGCACGAUCCAGUCAUUUAAAUUAGGCGCGUAGUCUAAUAAAUGACUGUAAAAGACUAGAAGUGUGCUUCUUCCAGAAAUGACAAAUUAAAAUUACAAACAAUACUAUUAUUUAACACUACAGUAAUACAUUUGUUAGUGUGUCAGUUGUUGUUUUCAAAUAGCGGAAGCUGGAUCAUCUGGAGGAGAGAAUGUGAGGCGUCUGAGAAAGUCUUCAUACACCUGAGGAUGUAUGGGUGACACAAUGACGACGCGUCCAUCAAUGAUCCCUGUGAAAUCCGAAUAGUCCCUCUGUGCCAGCAGCAGUGAGGUGUCUCUCAAUGUUUCCAUAGGAACCAACAGCAGGACAAAAUGAAGCAGGUUCUUUGGAUCAAGGUUCUAUAUCCGGACCUAGAAAGCUAGUGUCAAUACAACAAUAAUUUAUUUCUUUUCUUAUUUGUUUUCAAAAUAAAUGAUGUCUAAAUCGGAGGCAAAUCGGACAGUGGCUUAACUCAAAACAUUAAUAGUGUUGAUGACUCUUUAUUGCUGAUGACGCUCUCUGAUUUAGAGCUAUAACUUCAUUGUUUUUUUUAAAUAUGAAGGAAAUCCACUUCCUGUUGUGUAUUUGUAUCUGUUUUUUGUGAUUACCAAAAGAAUUGACAAAAUGUACUAAGAAAUUAUCUGACUCAUUAAAUCUGGGUUUGAUAUUG